CAUAUGCAUUGGUCCAUUUUUUUCCCUCGUUUGUACAAGCCUUGCUCGGUGUUGCAUUACCUGUUUUGGAACGGCGGAAGACUCUUGAGCUGGAGUUGGAGCUAGCGUGAUUCACUUGUUUGCUGUCUUUCGUACGCGUCGCCACAACUGCACACUGCAAGAACAAUGAGUUUCCAGUGGACAAUCGUCGCCGCCUUCUUGUACGCGGAAAUAGCCAUCGUUUUACUUCUCAUGAUCCCGUUCAUCUCGCCCAGAACAUGGAACAAGUUGUUCAAGUCUCGGUUCCUGAAAAGCCUCGGUGCCCAAGCCGAUAUUUACUUCACGGUUAUGAUCGUUGUACUGGUCCUGUUUUUCUUCGACUCCAUCCGAGAAAUGCGCAAGUAUGGUGCCCACCGCGAAGAAGCGCAGUCCGAGUACCACCACCAUGGCAACCUUGAUGUGGAGAUGCAGCAGAGCAUGAAGAUGUUUCGAGCCCAGCGAAACUUCUACAUUGCUGGCUUCGCCCUCUUCUUGUGGCUGGUAAUUCGUAGGCUGGUGACGCUGAUCAGCGCACAGGCUGUCCUUCUGGCUGUCAACGAAGCAUCCAUGAAGCAAGCGCAGUCUGCCACUGAGGCCGCCCAGAACCUUCUCAAGCUGCAAGCUGGUGAUGCUGCAAAGAGCGACAACACGAAGCAGAAUGAGGGCAACAGCAAGACUGAAACCCUGGAGCGGGACAUCAAAGAGCUGAAGACCGAGCUUGAAAAGGCCCAGAAAGAGGUGGCCCACCUGACCAAGGACAGGGAUGCCCUGAAGCUGCAAGCGGAGAACUUGAGCAAGGAGUACGACAGGCUGUGCGAGGAGCACUCAAAGGCACAGGCUGCUGGUGGAGAGCCCAUGAGCAAGAAAGACAACUAGGAAUUUUGCAAUUCAUCCUCGGAGGCGGUGUUACUGCUGCUCGGGCAAAUAUUGCGCGAGCACCUUCAAUCUUCUCAGUUUUCCUUGAACCACGGCCGUGCUUCUCAGCUACUGCGAGCGCGCGUUUCAAAGUGAACAUUGGGACGUGGUUGUGUGUAUGUGAUAUAUUUUAACAGCUAAUAUCAUGUGGCGAAUGCAAAGGUGUGGUUUUCCUUAUUGUUUUUUUUUGGUUGCUUGCACAUUGCACUCUGCUGCUCUUGCGGGGAGUGCGCAUUUUACCUGAAUUAUUAUCACUUGUAAAAAUAUAGCAUUCUGUGUAGUCUCCUUGCUGUCCGGUACUUUUCGUUCUGUUCUAUAAAUAGAAAUAACUGCACAUUUUGUUUUCCCGGUGUCACUGGCUGCAUCAGGCGCAUGCAAAAAUGCCUGAUGUAUCGUUUAAAGGACUACUUAUGCGACAUUAGACCAACUUCGGGUUCCGUUGGUUUGAGUAUGCACAAAACAAAAAACGCGCACAUGUGCGAUUUAAGAGUGCACGUUUCUCAAAUGUAAUGAAAUAAAAAAAAAUCUCCCGAGUA